AUGUCAAAUUUAGAGGAAAAACUCAGCAGAUUCAUAGAAAGUGUGGACUGUCGAUUAGGCGAGAUCAAUAGGAAGCUCGAAAGUCGACAUAGCGCAGAAGUGCGCACUUUCGAUGGUGUAAAUGUGCCUCCCAAUGCGGGCCACGUGGGCACUAGCAUUCCGCUCUACACACCGGGCGCUGCUAGAUUAGGACAGUCGGAUUUGCAAGGAGACUUUCAGGCUUUGAGGGAUACUCUAAGCAAGGUGAAGCUUCCGGCAGAAGUUAGAUUGAAUGAUAGUAGGCAGGGGAUAAAACGGGCAGACCAGCCAUUGAUGAACGUGUUGUCAAAGUGUGGUCGUUACUGUGAGACAGGCAUACAAAUUUUGUGUACGCUAGAAGCAGGGACGGAGCUUGAUCAAAAGACGUUGGACAAUUUGUUCUUAAUCCAGCAUGCACAGAUCAAGUUCCUGCAAGAAGAGUUUGCUGCUUUAUUAGUUGGCGGACAGUUUGAUGCUAGUACAGCCAAAAUAUUCAGAUCCCUGCAGAAAAACACGUCUGGUUUUGACCAGGAUUCGCUCGAAACCCUUCGAGCAGCGGCAACGUUGUCGGUGGCGGGUCAUCCCUCGGGCGGAGCUCCAAAGGACCGUUACACGAACAGACGAGGCUUUUCCGGAUCCGGGCGUAGGCGUUACAGUCACGGACAGCGUGGUGCUUUCAACGGCAGGUCGCGGGACGUGUUCCAGUCCUUUACGAAUAGACAGUUCCCGAGACGACAGCCAAGGGAGGAUAGCUACGCGCAGACAACGGAAACGCCUUGCAUAUUGAAGGAUACAACAACCGCAUAUUGCAAAGUUCCAGAGGCUCCUGGUUGGAUUGAGCAAACAAUUAAUUCUUCACGUGGAAAACGAGCGGCAGCAUGCGUUGGAUGCCACGAAGUAGAGAUAGUUGUUAAACUAGACGGAGUUGAGAGAAGUUUUAAUUUGAAAUACUACCACGACCCGGCAUUGUCCACGUUCAACAACGGUCUGCAGCUGUUUAGUGUAGAACAGCAAUACCUGACAAUUGAAGGAAAUAACUUACAACUUCUUGCAGCUACCGAUGUGAACAUAACAAUUGGCAUAGCAGAGUGUCGGAUAGUUGAGAUACAAACAAACUUCAUGAGAUGCGCGGCACCCCGGGAGCAGCCGGCACCGGGCAUUCCAGGGGCGGAAUAUCCGGAAGUCAACGUUACCAUAGGCAACUACCAGCAGUCGUUGGGUCAACUACAAUACGAGAAGGAACUCAACAGAAUCGUGCUCAUAGCGGCAGCUUCGGCAGGGGGCGCCACCUUUCUUUUUGUGUUAGCGAUGCUGAUCAUAUGCCGUAAAGUCAGACAGGUUGGAUCAAAAGCGAAGAAGCUGAAACGAGAUCUCAACAAUCUUGAAUUGGAAAUAAAGACCGUAGCUAGACAAGAAUUUUUAGAUAUGCAAACCUCGAUGUCGUUAGUUAAUCGACAGCUUAUCGAGAAGGGAUUCCCAUUCAAGCCCUACCAGAGCUUUGCUUGCACCGCGUUGUUUGGAAUAGAACAUUUGCCCCCUGACACAAAUAUUCCUGACGAUGUUCAAUGGACUGGACCCCUGCAAUCAUUUGAAGUGCUUCUUGGGAACAAAUUGUUCCUGGCAUCUCUUAUCGGAACCAUGGAGAAACAGAGAAGCUUCUUUAUACGAGAAAAGUCAAACCUUGCCAGCAAUCUAUGCUUGAUAAUGAUGGGCCGAAUGGACUACUUACAUGAAGUGAUCGAGGACCUAUUGACCAACCGUGUGCAGGAAACAAGUGGAAAACGUGCAAUGAAAACACUGUUCCGACGAUGUGACGGUAUUACAGAGAAAUUGCUCAGUAAUUGGUUACUGCUUUGCUUACAUCCCCAUCUGACGGGUAAUAUUGGGUGUCAACUGUACUUGCUGUACAUGGCAACGCGUAAAACUAUCGAGUCCGGACCCAUUGACGAUCUGACCAACGACUCCAAGUACACGCUCACGGAAGAAAAACUCCUGACGAAAUUCGAGGGAUGCGAGGCUGCUCAUGGAAGUCAAGAUGUUCGCUUCCAUGCCGAAACGCUAACCCUCAAUGUAGUUGUUGGCAACAGCGAGGAGAUAUUCCCGUGCAAUGCCCUGGACUGUGACACCAUCACGCAGGUGAAGGUCAAGUGCCUGGAACAGAUCUACGUGAACUAUCCCGCCUCUCAGAUGCAAGUGAAUCCAAGGGACUUAAUUCUGGAAUGGCACUCUGGGUUUGGCGGACGGAUGGUUCUCAGUGACUCGGACAACACUUCCAUCAAGGAGGGCGAAUGGGUCAAACUCAACACACUGGCUCACUAUAACGUGCCGGACCAGAGCAACAUGGUUCUGCUGGACCCGUUGGAUCACAUGGUGGAACAGCAGGAAGACUAUGUAAAUCUCGCUCGGUUGAUGGACACAGGCUCUGCAAUGGAUAUUCCAUUAUGUGUUGGAGAUACGGGCAAUGAGCUAGAAACAGAGGUCGACCCAAGUCAAGUGGAACUAAAGCCUUGGCACUUGGUGAAGAAAGAAGAAGAAGGGAAGAAUAAAGGAAGGACAAUCAUUGCAGAACUCUACUUGAACAGACUGUUAACCACCAAGCAAUCCCUCAUGCAGUACGUUGGCAACGUGUUUGGAGACGUUCUUGACAGAAACAAUUGUCCGCCACCAGCAAUGUUCCUGUUUCGCUUUCUGGAUAAUAUUGGGGAUCGAAUGAAUGCCGAUCCAAACAUCGUACACGCAUGGAAGAGUCACAGCUAUGCCAUCCGAGUACUAGCGCACCUGAUUCAGUCCCCGGAAAUGUUGUUUGACGUCACCAAGCCGAGCUAUGUGAGUGACAACCUUGACGUCAUCAGCCAGGUCUUCAUCGACAGUUUUGAGCUCGCCGAGCACAAGUUCACUGCGAACUCCGCCUCACACAAACUGGUGUUCUUCAACGAAGUGCGAGAUUACCGGGAGAAAGUCAAGGAGUUCUAUGCAAAUAUCCGCGGAACAGAGUUUGACAACUUAGCACUUAUAAAAUACAUGAAUGAAGUGAACGAGAUUCAAGAAAAGACUACUUUUGACAAGAAUGCAGCUCUCUACAGAUUAUUCAUGCAGAUAAAGCCUUACUCGGGAGAGAUAAUGGACGACUUGUCAUCGAACAAGAUCACGAGGUCCUUGCAGCUGCACACAAAGUUGGCGGAGAUUCUGACAAAGGUCGACGAGGACUAAAAUUCCAACGUGAAGCUCUAACCACUAAAGUAUAAACUUUGGUCUUAGAUAGUGAAUGUACAGUCUAUCAAAGAAGACUAAUUUGGGACAAUUUCAGAACAUUGAGUAACCUAUAUGAAAUCGAAGAUAAUCGUGUUUUCAUUGUGGGUUGCCCUCGUAAUAAAAAAUAUUGAUUUUUGAGAUAAGGACAUACUUUGCUAAUGUUUAAGAUACCAUAGUAAAUCGUAUUAUAAAAGUUUAUUUAAAAAUGAAUGCAUUUAUAACUACUUUUAAAAUCAAAGAAUAUUUUAAUUGUGUAGACGAACUUUAUACAAAUUGCCCUUCAGUCGUAUAUCAAAGUUAUUUCACUCGAUGUAAAUAAUUCAUACACACUUAUACAUGUACUUGAAUAAUGUUUGUAAUGUGGCUUUGUAUAUUAGAUUUGCAGGAUUUCAAUAUAUUGUGCUAGUAGCAGUUUGUUAUGCUAUAUGCUUGUUGAGUCGUGGAUAAUUUUCAUAAAGUGGUUACAUCACAAAUAUUUGAUAAAUAUAUGACUAUGAAUCAUUAUAAACAUAAUAAUUAACAUUUGGUCUGUAAAUGUGUUGCUUUUUUAAUGUGUAUCGUCAGUUAUAAUAAUAAAUAAUCGAUUGUCAGAUAGUGUCGAACUGCCAUCUUAAAAAUGUUUACUUGUUGAGACGUGUAUUCUGAUUUGCAGAAUAAUUCAAGAUGUGCAUACCUAUAAAUAGCCUUAACCUGACAUGGAAGAGGAGGUUAAUUUCUUGUGAAAAAUGUCAAAAGAUGAUGUAGUAUGGAAAUGCUCAUAAAUGAACGAUGGUGUGUUACUUAGGAAAAAUAAAUGAACAAUUUAUAAAAUAUGAAAUAUUUGAUAAGAGCUCUAAUGAAUAACACUAUUGACAUUUUUUGUUGCCUUUUUGAUCAGCAAAACAAUGAUGACCGGGUCAAAAUCCGUUUUCUGUAACGACUGCAUAAUGUGGAAACGUUUUAUCACGUACUUUCACACGAUCUUUAUAGCCACGACUCUUCAAGAAGCCAUGACUCAACAAGAAACUACCAUAUAUGUGAAUAGCUUAUUUGCUUUAAUGAGCAAGCAAUCGAUUGGUGUUGUAAAAUGUCAAAUCUCUAACUUUGGUGUCUACCCACAUUGAAAACAGAUCUCUUAUACGCACAUACGAUUCAUAAGCACAAUUUGAUUUGUAAUUAUAUAUGCCGUAUCCUAAUAUUUUUUAUUUUGUGUUCCUUUUUUAUUGCAUGAUGUAAUCUAAAAAACAAUAAGCAAAUUGAUGAUUAAAAUAAAAUCAAUUAGAAAAUUAUCAUACAAUACAUCAAAAUAAUACGCAUUGAUGAUAUAAUAAGUCAAGUAUUAUGGAUGUGACUUUCAAUUUCAAAUUGUCAAACUCAUUUUAGUUUAAUACCUGUGUAUGAAGGUGUUUAUAUUUAAUUAUUGAGGUAAAAGAGUUUUUUACUUUAUUAAAAUUAUCUCGAGAAUUUUUUGACUCUUCAGGUAUGUAUUUUAUCGACUUGUAUUAUAUAUGCUUCACUAUGAUGUUUUCUUUUUUUUCGGUGCAUAACAAACUUAUACGACUGUUUAUUUAAAAUGUCUACGUAUUUACCGUCAAAAGACAUUUUCCUCGCCGAAUUUAUCCAAACAAACGGCUCGAAUAUAAGUUGUAUUAUGAUUUUGUUUUAUCGAUUGGUAUAAUAUGUUAAUUAUAAAUAUAUCGUAUACGUGUGUUACCCGGUGACAAAUAAAUGUAAUGAAAUAGGACGAAA